AUGGCAACAUCCGUCGGCGAUGGUAAGAAUACUCGAUGGAAUGAACUUUGUAAAAUCACGAAAAUCGUGCUCGAAGUCGGUACUAUCUUUGACUCAAACGGUGUUGACCUCUUCUUUCUUAAUCGACCGGCUUCUCUUCGAAUCAAAAAUGCUCGAGACGUGGACAAAGCAUUCGUUAGUGCUCCUAGUGGUUAUACUCCACUGGCGGCCGCUUUACGAUACAUAAUUCGAUUGCCAGCAGCUAAGCGUGGCAACGAUAAAAAGUUAUUGCUCUUUAUUGCUACUGAUGGCGAACCCACUGACGAGGAAGGUAAUCCGGAUUUGCCUGAAUUUGAAAAUGUCAUGUACAAUGAACGUAAUCCAGAGACGACUCACGUGAUGUUCCUGAUUUGUACUGAUGAACCAGGGUGCGUCGAGUAUUUUGCUAAAUGGGAUCGAACAAUGAAGAAUGUCGAUGUAACAGAUGAUUUUCGAACAGAAAGAGCUACUAUUCGUCAGUAUCGCGGAUGUGAUUACCCAUUCUCACUCGGCGAUUAUGUUAUAAAAGCACUCAUUGGUGCUGUCGAUCCCACUAUCGAUGCUCUAAAUGAACCCAUAGAAGUGAAUGAUGACUAA